AUGGUUCAAGCCAUCGUAGGAUUUGGAGCCGCGUGCGGUUUCGCCACCAUUUUGGCGUGUCUCUGGGCUGGAAUCGUCAUCACCAAUGACAUCAACUCGAUGUACACUGAGGUUAUGGAGGAGCUCGGAUCCUACAGAGAUGUCUCUGAUGACACCUGGGGAAACAUCCUCGACGUGCGUCGCGGAGCCGGCGAAAGCGCUGAGGAGUACGUUCGCGGAAUCUUCGGACGCCACAAGAGAUCGAACAGCCAGUGCAGCUGCGGACUCCCAAGCCAGGGAUGCCCAGCCGGACCACCAGGAAAUCCAGGAGCUCCAGGAGAACCAGGAGCCACCGGACCAGACGGAAAGAACGGACCACCAGGACUUCCAGGACUCAACAUCCCAGUUCCAAACGACUUCCCGAAGGAUUGCAUCAAGUGCCCAGCCGGACCACCAGGACCAGACGGACUUCCAGGACAGGAAGGAUUCCAGGGACUUCCAGGAGAGCCAGGAAAGCGCGGAGCCCCAGGAAAGGACGGAGAGCCAGGACGUGUUGGAGAAAUCGGAGACCAGGGAGCCCCAGGACAAGACGGACAACCAGGACAGCCAGGACCACCAGGACGCGACGGACUCACCGGAAAGGGAAUGCCAGGAAUGCCGGGACGGCCAGGACUUCCAGGACCACGCGGAGAGCCAGGAAACAACGGAAAUCCAGGAGAGGAUGGUGCUCCAGGAGCUCAGGGACCAACCGGACAGCCAGGAAAGGACGGAUUCAACGGAAACGAUGGAACUCCAGGACAAGCUGGACCACAAGGAGCCGUCGGAACCGACGCCGAGUACUGCCCAUGCCCAGAGCGCAAACGCAGACGCUUGUAA